GAUCACGUGGUGCAUUUAAGGUCACACUAAAAUCACUGAGAACAUUCAGUAGUUAUUAAUAGGAAAUGCCAUCAAACAUAAAAGAUAUCUCAUUUUGCAGUUCAUAGCUCAACCUCUACAGACGUGUCACCAAUAACUGAAUGUUAUCUUAUCUUGCUUUUCCUUUAAAUGCCCCCUGUAAGUUAACUUGUCUGGAUGAAAACAGGAAAGCCGACAUUUGCGGCUGGACAUCCGGCAGUUCGCUUCAAAUCAUGAGCAUGUCAGUAGUGAAACUCCUUAUAAUAUGUGUGGUUUUCAAGGAGACCUUUUCCCUGUCAGGAAACUUUUGGCACCUUACGGAUAUGCACUGGGACCCAACAUACAAACUAGAUGAUAACCCUGGACUCGUGUGUGAAUCAAGUGGGAAUCGACCCGCAGGCAAUGCAGGAGAAUUUGGAGAUUAUGCUUGUGACUCACCAUGGCACCUCAUCAACUCCUCUAUUUACGCCAUGAAGGAUAUUCUACCAGAUCCGGACUUCAUUGUCUGGACAGGAGAUGACACACCACAUGUACCUAAUGAGAAGCUAAGUGAAGAGGCAGUGCUCAGUAUUAUCGGCAACCUCACCCAAAUCAUAAAGCAAGUUUUUCCGGAUACUAAAGUGUACUCAGCUCUGGGCAACCAUGAUUACCAUCCAAAGAGCCAACUUCCACCAGUCCCCAACGACAUCUAUUACAAAGUAGCUGACAUGUGGCAGAGCUGGAUGGAUCCGGCGUCCCGAAAUACCUUUAUACGAGGUGGAUAUUACACGGAAAAGCUCCUGAAUCGAGCAGGUUACAGGAUGCUCGUCCUCAACACUAAUCUCUACUAUGACCAGAACAAGGUGACCCUGGGCAUGGAAGAUCCAGCGGAGCAGUUUGGUUGGGCGGACCAGGUCCUCACAGAGGCGGCCACAAACAAAGAGAAGGUGUACAUCAUUGGCCACGUUCCUCCUGGUUUCUUUGAAAAAAAGAGAAGUAAGCUGUGGUUCGACCCUGUGUUCAAUGACAAGUUUAUACAGUUAAUUCAGAAGCAUCACCAAGUCAUUCUCGGACAGUUCUUUGGUCACCAUCAUACUGACAGCUUCCGAAUGUUCUACAGCUCAGACGGCUCUCCUAUUGGUACAAUGUUCCUCAGUCCUAGCGUCACCCCGUGGAAAACAACGCUGCCUGGAGUUGUGGAUGGAGCCAAUAACCCUGGGAUCCGCGUCUUCGAGUAUGACACUCAAACACUCCUGGUCAAAGAUGUGGUGACCUACUAUCUCAACCUGACUCGUGCUAACGCAGCCCGUGGACAGUGGGAGAAGGAGUACCGUCUCACAGAAAGCUUCAGAGUACCAGACGCCUCCCCAGCCUCUAUGCACCACAUUCUGGACCGCGUAGCUAACGACAACUGCUACUUACAGAAGUACUACGAGUUCAAUUCUGUCAGCUAUGACCUAACAGAGUGUAACAAAGACUGCCGUGUUGACCACGUAUGUGCAGCUAGAGAGGUUGACUUCUACAGGUAUGAGCACUGUCUGGAAAAAGAAGUAGCAAUUUGCAUUUAUGGUGGGUUGCUACCGGUGCUCACUGUGGCUCUAAGUCUGCUACUGGCCAAUCAAUAUUAAUGUGCACAUCACUAAUAUUUUCAUAUUUAAACAUCUGUGUGAAUUCACAUGAAGUGAUGCCUCUGCAGAGUUUGAUUCUCUAUUCAUGUAAAACCUAAGUUCAAGGUGUGUGCUUAAGCCAGUGGUUCCCAACCUAUUUUGGCUCGUGACCCCAUUUUAACAUCACAAAUUUCUGGCGACCCCAGAUAUUCA